UCUGCUUGGUUGGCAGAUUGUGGGACUCGGGGACAGUUUGUCCUACGCGAGGGGACGAGGUGUGGGAGGCCAGCGGGUCCUCUGCAACGGCCUGUUAGUGGAGUCCCGGGCGCAACUGGAGCUAUGCGACUGCUUUGGACCGUCGGGUGCUUCGGUCGCCGGAUCGUCCGUCAUUUCUCCCCGGUGGCGCGGCCUGGCGGGGAGGAGCUGAGCCGCCUGCUUCUGGAUGACCUGGCGCCGACCCAGAGGCUGGAGCGUCUGUUCGGCCUGUCCCCGUGCCUCCUGGCCCUGCGGGCCGCCCGCCGGAGCGUGGCCCGGCUUCUGCUCCAGGCGGGUAAAGCUGGGCUGCAAGGGGAGCGGGCCGAGCUGCUCCGGGUGGCCGAGGCCCGGGGCAUCCCUGUCCUGAGGCCCAGGCGGCAGAAACUGGACGCCUUGUGCGGCCACCAGGUGCACCAGGGCGUCUGCAUGGAGGUGAGCCCGUUGCAACCCCGGCUUUGCGACGAGGCCACAGAGGCGAGCCCGGGAGACGACCCUCAGCAACUGUGGCUCGUCCUUGAGGGGCUCCAGGAUCCCCGGAAUCUUGGGGCUGUGCUGCGCUCCGCUCACUUCCUCGGAGUAGACAGAGUCAUCACCAGCCGGAGAAACAGCUGCCCGCUUACUCCAGUAGUCAGCAAGGCCAGCGCUGGGGCUGUGGAGGUGAUGGACGUGUUCGCCACUACUGACUUGGCCGGUUUUCUGAAGGCCAAGGCCCAGCAGGGCUGGCUUGUGGUGGGCACAGUGGGCUGCCCAGGUCCUGAGAUCUCCCAGUCCUUCAAGGUCCCCAUCACUAGCUGCCUAGAGUUCAUCUGGGACCGGCCUACUCUCCUUGUGCUGGGCAAUGAGGGCUCUGGUCUGUCCCAGGAGGUUCUUGCCUCCUGCCAGCUGCUUCUUACUAUUCUGCCCAGGCGUCGGCUGCCUCCUGGUCUUGAGUCCUUGAAUGUGUCUGUGGCCACAGGAAUUCUUCUACACUCCAUUUGCAGCCAGAAGAAGGCUUUCCCUGUACAGACCGAGAAAGGACAACUUCUCCAAGAUACUUGAGAACCCUUAGCUAUGCCUGGAGGACUCAGAGAGGCCCAGUACCCAGGACUGCCACUGUGGUUGGAAAAACAGGCUCAAAGUGGGCUCACCUCGACUGAGAUACACGUGUGUAGGAAUCGGACCGAGUCCCACGCCGAUUCUCAUGCAGGCUUGAAUGUGCCGGGCUCUCUGCCUGUGAGAGUCUGUUUAUUGGCUAGGGUCAGUGGAGACCAAGGGGGUGGGGUGUCAUUUCCAGUUGGAAAUGGUAGUUUGCUAAUGUCCAGGAUGCGUUAAGACAGACGGUGUCUGUGCUGGAUCUUUCCUACGAGUCAAAGGGCUGUCUUGGCAUGAGGAAGAAUGGGGCAGUCCAGUGCAGGGCAUGUGGUGUGUGAGAGUGAGGAUGUAGAGGGAAGUUGAGUGGACGCCCAUCCCUACUCUUCCAGGUGAUGAGGAUUAAGUAAAUGAGGGGUUCCAUCCAGUGAGUGCCAUACAGCUGAGCUGAGCUGUCCUGCCCUGUCUCUCCAUUAGGUGGCAGUCUUGCUCUUUGCACCAUAGUUUUGCAGCUGCCAAGCACCAUUAGAGACAGGGAAGAUACACACACACACACACACACACACACACACACACAGAGAGAGAGAGACAGAGACAGAGAGCGAGAGAGCGAAAGCAGUGCAGUCUAACCUGGUGGAACCUAUGACCCAGAGCCCUUGCUUUUGAAUCUGAGAGGUUAUGAAGUCAGGGUCACUAUUAUGCAAUUCCAAAUAGGCUUGGUCUCCUCCUCCAGGGUCCCACAAGUGGAUAAAAGUGUGAUAUUGCAGAAUAGUGGUCUCACUCUGGGCUGCACGUUGGAACACCUGAUAAGCAUUUUAACGGAACAAGCCCAACACAGCAGCCACCGUGUGAUGCUGAGAAGGGUGGGUAAACCCUGGGCAGUAGGAUUUUCUUUCCUUCUUUCUUUCUUUCCUUUUUGAGAUGGCGAAUCAUGUACCUAGGGUGUCCUAAACUUGCCCUUUAGCUGAAGAUUACCUUGAACUUUUGAUCCUCCUGUCCCCACCUCCCAAGUGCAAGAAUUCAAGACACCCCCCACUGUGCCCACUCUAUAUGUAGCUGCAGGUAGAUCCAGGGCUCUGUGCAGGCUAGACAAGCUCUCUACUUACUGAGCUCCAUCUGAGCCCUAAGCUGGAUGAUCCUUUGCCGUAGGAACUGUCCCGAGUACUAUGCGAUGUCCCCACUAGACUCCAGUUAUCCCAUCUCCAGUUAUGAAACAAAACUGUCCUCACAUGGCCAGAUAUCUUGACUGACAGCCCUGAGUGUGGGAUGGAGGACCAUUCCUGAAUUGUAAUCUUGGCGGCUGUGAGACUUGGGAAAAGUCACCUCCAUGCUCUCUAUAUAUCCUUGUAGGAUAUAAAGAACAAUGGGAGCUUGGUGCCCGUUUCCUUUGAGAUCUCCCUGGAGUAGGGUCUGAAUGGCAGUGAGCACUUAGUACAAGGUUUGAGUUUGUUUGCAGAAGGCCUGGAGAUCUUACUUUUCUUGCUGCUGUUGAAAAUACCGAGUAAAAGCACCUAAAGGAAGGGUUUCUUUUGGCUCAAGUUUGAGGAGACACUUUCAUUUCCUCAUAGUGGGGGUGGGGUGGGGUGGGGUGGCAGGUGGGUGAGGCAUAGCAGCAGGAGGGGGUGUGAGGCAGGAGCUGGGGCCCUGGGUGCAGGUGCUCGCUCACUCUCUCCCCUUCCUCUGUUCAUUUAGUCCAGGGCUCCUGCCGCGGGGAGGUGCUGCCCACAUUCAGAGAGAGCCAUCCCUCCUCCAUUAGUCCUGUCUAACUGAAAACACCCUUAAAGACAUGCCCAGGGUGGCCCUCCCAGGUGAUCCCAAAGACAGGCCAAUGGUCAGUGAAGAUGAACUGUCACAGGUCCCACGGUCACCAUAAAGUUUUUCUUCUAAGGAAAGACGGAGAACCCUUCAUCAACACCAUUCCCCCCAGCUCCCCAUCUUGAGCUGUGUGUCCCCAGCUGCCUCACAAGCUCUGAUGACCACUGAGCUCAGGCUGUGCUGUCUCACCAAAGAGCAGGGAUUUGGUUUUUGUCUUUUUAUUGUUUUGUCAAUUUUGUGAAUUCAAAUAUAGGUUUUUAGCAUU